AACUUGGAUGGAUUGGUUGGGAAGGGACAAAGGUCAAAGUUGAGGUUCCUAUAGGGAGGGAAUCUUUGUGCUUAUGGGGUUUCCUUGGUUGGGGACUCUCUUGGGACCUUUCCUCUCAUCCCUCUCUUCUAUCCCAACCUUUCUCUUGCUCCUCUAAAUUCCUUGUGAGAUUCUUGAACUUUGAUUGAACCUUUGAGAUUGAGUUAAGUUCUCCUCCUACAGCUUACCCCCUAAUGCGUCGAAAGCCAUAGCGUCGCGAAUACUUCAUCAAUCAACGUGAUUCAAAUUGGGAACGGUAGCUGAGAUCAAGAGCUACAACAUAUCCAAGUUUCGCGACAUUCCAACCGCUAGUGUUUUGUCGACGUCGUUUCUUGUGAAGACGACUUUUCUGUCCAGAAUUUCGGAUUUAUAUUUUGAGUAAUUCUAGCUCCUAAGUUCACCUAGACUCUGUCCUUAAUCCUAACAAGUGGUAUCAGAGCCAUAUUAAGGACAUUGAGAGGAGUCUACAGAAGUGUGAAGACCCUUCUAGACCCACCAUGGCCUGUGGGUGUGCCUAAGUGGUGUUCUAAAGGUUGGAUGUGUCUUCCGCUAAGGGGAAACUCUGCCGAAAUUUCGUGGACGCCGAUACUUGUGAAAAUAUCGAGGGAGCUGAGUGUGGACAGCAAAGGGGAGCUGAAAUUCGUCAUUUCUCAAGGAGAAGAUGAAUGAGAGAGGAGGAGAUGCUAAUGGAAGAGGAGCUGAGAUGUUCGAGCACAUCAAGGAUCUUGUGGAAGCGGAUGAUUCGGGUCCAAGGGCGUGGAAACUACUACGUGAUGUGGUUCAGCCCAACACUCUCCUGAUGGUGAUCGUGCUCGAGAAGGAACUUGCUGCCAUCUCCAUGCAACCAGGGGACGAUGUGAAGCCGGUCCUUGACAAGAUCAAGGACACCUAUGCAAGGAUGGCAGCAGCGGGCAGCAGUGUAUCUCAGCUGCAGCAGUGCACCAAGAUCAUCUCGGUGUUGGACAACUCUUGGGACAACCUCAUCCCCACCCUCAACUCUCAACAAGAUCAAUGGACACCUGAGUGGCUAAGGCAGCAGAUUCUGCAGGAGGACUUCCGCAGACGCCAUAGCAAGGGGGAGGUGGCAGCGGCUGUCCUUAAGGAGUGGAUGCCUAGAGCUCAGAGGGAAUGCGGAUACAAGGUGAAGGUGAUCCGUAGUGACAAUGGUGGGGAGUUCAUUGGAGCUGAUUUUGAGGGGGAGUUGAAGAGGAAGGGGAUCCAGCAUCAACUGACAGUGCCCUACAACCCGCAGCAGAAUGGCGUGGCUGAGAGGUUCAACAGGACCCUGCAGGAGGGGGCACGCACUCUUCUUGGGCGUGCAGGGCUGCCUGAUCCAUUUUGGGUGUCUGCACUGAGGCAGGUCGCCCUUGUGAAGAACAGGGUGCUGGCUACAGUUGGAGAUAAGGAGUGGAUCCCAUAUGUCAAGUGGUAUGGGAGUGCUCCAGCUGUGAACAUGCUGAGGGCAUUUGGGUGCAUGGUGGUGUUUGAUGUGCCUAAGGAGAAAAGGGGGAAGUUGGAGGCUUCUGGAAGAUGGGGUGUGCACUUGGGGAUUGCAAAGGAUCACAAGGGUUGGCUGCUAUGGGACUUGACCACCCAGAAGCUGACAGUGUCAAGGGAUGUGAAGUUUCUGGAGUCCCUGUACUACAAGGAAUGGAAGCAGCAGCAACAGAAGCUUCCAUCUACACCGCUCAUUGUGGAGGCAGACGAGGUGCAGCAGCCUUCAAGACAGGUGGAGGUUGCAGUGUCAGAGGAGGAGAUGUCUGGGGUGACUGAGGAAGGGGGAGCAGCUGAAGUAGAGCAGCAGCAGCAGCAGCAGCAUGAGUCUCCAUCUCGAGUUCCACACCCGCCUGAGCGACCUAGGAGGGAUGUGCGCCCUCCGGGACAAAGGUCAAAGUUGAGGUUCCUAUAGGGAGGGAAUCUUUGUGCUUAUGGGGUUUCCUUGGUUGGGGACUCUCUUGGGACCUUUCCUCUCAUCCCUCUCUUCUAUCCCAACCUUUCUCUUGCUCCUCUAAAUUCCUUGUGAGAUUCUUGAACUUUGAUUGAACCUUUGAGAUUGACGUCGCGAAUACUUCAUCAAUCAACGUGAUUCAAAUUGGGAACGGUAGCUGAGAUCAAGAGCUACAACAUAUCCAAGUUUCGCGACAUUCCAACCGCUAGUGUUUUGUCGACGUCGUUUCUUGUGAAGACGACUUUUCUGUCCAGAAUUUCGGAUUUAUAUUU